AUGUGUCUCCAGCCGUCGGACGUUGACCAGCUUAGCAAUGAGACAAUCCUCGAACUCUGGAAGAACGGUUCCAAAUUAGACCCAGACGCCGGUGUUGUCAAACUGACGCCCGGCACCGUCGCAAAGGCUUCUCAAGACUUUGAAGAAGACGCCGCAGAUGCCUCAGAAGCGAACAUACUCAAUCUCGUGUUCGCGGAGACGACUAUCCCCGUCCCGCGCGUCCGCCGCGUUGUGAAAUGCCAAUGGGACUUCUUGAUGAUCAUGGACUACAUCCCAGGUCCAACACUAGCCCACGUCUGGCCAACUCUUUCGAUGUGGCAGAAAAUUCAUGUGGGUUUUACAUUGCGCCGCUAUGUUCGUCAGCUCCGUCGCCUGAAAGCGUCUGCCACGACGCCGCCUGGCCCACUGAGCGCGCAAGGAGCGAGGAUAUGCGAAUCCCCCAUUUUUGGUCAAGUUCAAUCUCACCGCGGUCCAUUCGCAUCGUAUUCUGAGCUCUCGGCCUUUUUCAACGAGCGCCACCAGAUGGCGAUGGACGCCAAGAAGUUGCCUCGGGAUGACCCCUCGAGGGACGACUUGUUCGACAAUUCCGAACCGCUCGUUCUGACACAUCAGGAUCUCAACCUUCGAAACAUCAUCGUGGGCGAAGAUGGCCGCCUUUGGAUCAUUGACUGGGCAUGGGCAGGAUAUUAUCCGCCGUGGUUUGAGUACGUGGCGAUGAAGAGGCAGAAUGAGGAUAAAAGGAUCAGUGGAACGGACGACAAGUUUUGGAAGGCACUGGUCCCUUUCAUUUGUGGACCAUAUUUCAAGCAGAAAAGGUGGUUGGGGAGGAUGUCACUGGGGUUGUACUUUAAAUGAAUGAAUCCGGGACUGUAUUGUUGUGGCUGGAUGAAGGUAUGAUUUUACUACCAUGCUAUGGUGCUCCGCAGAACUGAAAUUCAACCUACUAGUUUGUACGAUAUUACCAUGCUAUGGUGCUUCGCAGAAUUGAAGUUCCACCUAGAAACUGA